UUACUAUUUAUUUAUGAAUUUACGGCUGUGAAAUUCUAACUACCUAAAUUUAAGGCGCAAAAUUUUUGUGAAUCGAAGAAAAUGAGGGAAAUCGUCCACAUCCAAGCCGGGCAAUGCGGUAAUCAGAUCGGAGCUAAGUUCUGGGAGGUGAUCUCGGACGAGCAUGGCAUCGACCCCACCGGCGCCUACCAAGGAGACUCCGACCUGCAACUGGAACGCAUCAAUGUCUACUACAAUGAGGCAUCAGGAGGGAAAUACGUACCUCGCGCUGUCCUAGUAGACCUUGAGCCCGGCACCAUGGACUCGGUCCGCUCCGGACCUUUCGGCCAGAUCUUCCGCCCGGACAAUUUCGUGUUUGGCCAGUCGGGAGCUGGCAACAACUGGGCUAAAGGACACUACACCGAAGGAGCAGAACUCGUAGACUCUGUCCUCGAUGUCGUCAGAAAGGAAGCGGAGGGCUGUGAUUGCCUUCAAGGCUUCCAACUAACUCAUUCCCUUGGAGGUGGUACCGGUUCCGGAAUGGGAACCCUACUUAUCUCUAAAAUUAGAGAGGAAUAUCCUGACCGCAUUAUGAAUACCUUUUCUGUCGUCCCAAGCCCUAAAGUGUCCGACACUGUAGUGGAACCGUACAACGCAACGCUGUCCGUCCAUCAGCUAGUAGAACAUACUGAUGAGACUUAUUGUAUUGACAACGAAGCACUGUAUGAUAUUUGCUUCCGCACACUGAAACUCACCACUCCAACUUACGGAGAUCUAAACCACCUGGUGUCGGCAACUAUGUCUGGAGUGACUACUUGUCUGCGGUUCCCAGGGCAGCUGAACGCUGAUUUGAGGAAGUUGGCAGUAAAUAUGGUGCCUUUCCCACGUCUGCACUUCUUUAUGCCCGGAUUUGCGCCAUUAACAUCUCGCGGCAGCCAGCAGUACAGGGCGCUCACCGUGCCCGAGCUAACGCAGCAGAUGUUCGACGCCAAGAACAUGAUGGCGGCAUGCGACCCGCGCCACGGCCGCUACCUUACCGUCGCUGCAGUAUUCCGCGGACGCAUGUCCAUGAAGGAGGUGGACGAACAAAUGCUUAACAUCCAAAACAAGAACAGCAGCUAUUUUGUCGAAUGGAUUCCGAAUAACGUCAAGACAGCCGUGUGUGACAUUCCGCCUCGUGGACUGAAGAUGUCUGCAACAUUCAUCGGGAACACUACCGCUAUCCAAGAAUUGUUUAAGCGGAUAUCGGAGCAGUUCACGGCAAUGUUUAGACGAAAGGCCUUCCUGCACUGGUACACCGGUGAAGGAAUGGACGAGAUGGAGUUCACCGAAGCGGAGAGCAACAUGAACGACCUGGUAUCAGAAUAUCAACAAUACCAGGAUGCAACGGCUGACGACGAAGGAGAAUUUGACGAAGAAGUAGAAGAGGAGGAGGAAGAGGAGGAGGAGGAAGAGUAAUUGUGUGUCCAAUGUUUUGUGUAUGUCUUUGUUUGUACUUGUCCGUUGUUUAGUGUAGGCGUACCUUUUUGAGUGUUUAUUUUUAUCGCAUCUUUUUAUUUGUAUGCA